AUUUCUUUUAAGGCUUAUUAUAAGCUUAUGUGAUGGUGUGUUCUUUGUUAUCACAUGGCACAAAAGUAGGUUUGGUGGAAACGACAUGCCAAGUGCUUCAAAUGGGCGAGGUAGAAACUAAUAACUGGGAAUUUCACAAGGUUAACGUCUUGACCAUUGAAAUGAGUGAAGAAGACAUUAUGCCAGAAUGGUUUGACCACUAUAACGAGGGAGGUUCGAUGUCUCUUUGGAUCCGAAACGAAUUCCCAGACAUGGCUUUAUCUUUUGCUGUAGGAAUUGGUCCUCGAGUGCCAGAUCGUCAAGUGCCAUGUCUUGCUCCUUAUGUUAUCAUCGAUGGCAAAACUAUUCCUGACAAAGCCAGAGUAUUUUGGGGAAGAAUUUAUGGAAGAUUUACAUUGCAUGAUGUCUUGUUCUUUCCAGGGAUUAAAUAUGAACAUUCACUUUUGAGGAGACGUGAAUGGCACCACAUGAAGAUUUCUAGUAUCUUGAUUCCUGAAUAAUCUGCACAGGUAAAGUGGAGUGGCAUAUUUGUGGAUAAGCAAAAUUUCAAAAUGGAAGAUAUCAGUUUCAUAAAUCCUUAAGUGGAUGAAGUGGAGGUACGUUUACUCUGAGUUAGUUUUUAAUUAGUUGUCUGCUUAUAUAAGCAAGUGACUGCGUUGAUUUAUGAGACAUCCAAUAAGGCAGUUCUCUCUAUUUUAUUUGAACCCUGAAGGAAGGAUGAAUUAUGAUCUCAAAAUUAAUAUCCUGCAUUGUAAAAAUGAUGAGACACGUGGGGAGUGAUUCUUACUGUGGUGCACAAAUUUACAAA